AUUCCUACACUGGCCAUGAUUACAGUACCCAGGGAAAUGUUGGGAAAAUUUCUUUAAAUCAGAUUGAUUUGCUUUCUACCAAAUCCUUCCCACCUUGCAUGUGUCAGUUACAUAAAGCCUUGCGGGAAAAUCACCAUCUUCGUCAUGGAGGCCGAAUGCAGUAUGACCUAUUUCUGAAGGGCAUUGGUUUAACUUUGGAACAGGCAUUGCAGUUCUGGAAGCAAGAAUUUAUCAAAGGAAAGAUGGAUCCAGACAAGUUUGGUAAAGGUUACUCUUACAACAUCCGUCACAGCUUUGGAAAGGAAGGCAAGAGGACAGACUAUACACCUUUCAGUUGCCUGAAGAUUAUUCUAUCCAAUCCACCAAGCCAAGGGGAUUAUCAUGGGUGCCCAUUCCAUCACAGUGAUCCAGAGCUGCUGAAGCAAAAGUUGCAGUCAUACAAGAUCUCUCCUGGAGGGAUAAGCCAGAUUUCGGAUUUAGUAAAGGGGACACAUUACCAGGUAGCCUGUCAAAAAUACUUUGAGAUGAUACACAAUGUGGAUGAUUGUGGCUUUUCUUUGAAUCAUCCUAAUCAGUUCUUUUGUGAGAGCCAACGUAUUCUAAAUGGUGGUAAAGACAUAAAGAAGGAACCUAUCCAACCAGAAACUCCUCAACCCAAACCAAGUGUCCAGAAAACCAAGGAUGCAUCAUCUGCUCUGGCCUCUUUAAAUUCCUCUCUGGAAAUGGAUAUGGAAGGACUAGAAGAUUACUUUAGUGAAGAUUCUUAGGCAGUUUUGUAACCCUUUUUCCUCAAUAGCCUGUUUCCUGUUUUUAAGAUUUUGCCUUUGUUGUUGAAAAAGGGUUUCACUCUGUCACCAAGGCUUAGUGCAGUGACACAAUUACAGCUGAUUGCAGCCUUGACCUUCCCAGCUCAAGUGAUCCUGCUACCUCAGCCUCCCAAGUAGUUGGGACCACAGGUGUGCACCCCAUAUCCAGCUAAUUUUUUUCAUUUUUUUUUGUAGAGGUGAGGGUCUCCCUAUGUUGCCCAGGCAGAUCUCAGACUCCUGGGCUCAAGCGAUCCUCACACCUCAGCCUCCCAGAGUGCUGGGAUUACAGUUGUGAGCCACUGUGCCUGGUCUUUCUUUUUUUAACCUUUUUGUUUAACUUCUCUCUUCAUUGCAUCCCAAUCCAUCUACAGGCAUGCACACUUAUUAGGAAAGCAGGUUUGAGGUAACAACAGAGACUUUCACUAUAUUUUACUUUGACAGAAGGAAAGAGGAAGAGUUUCUAUUAAAAUCUGUCAUUUGAGUGAUGUCAUUUAAGUCCUAUUUUAGGAGAUAAAAACAGCUUUGGGGACUGGUUAAAGUCCCCCAGAAACUACAAUAAAGAAUAACUUUUGUUUUAACUCUUAAUCACUUUGUAAUUUUGACUCAAUCCUUUUCUGGACCAUUUUUGUUAAUAAAUAUCAAAGUGUA